GACAACAAAGGUCAUCCCAAAAGCUUCGAUCUCUUCCCCAGGAAAUUAUCAAGACAAGUGAAAUUACGUUAUUCGUUUGCUGUAGGUUUUGCUUAGCGAUAUAGAACAAGGAGCGUCUCUUCUCUCAAUUUUUUUGCAAACUCUUCAUUUAUUUGCUGUUAAGUCGAGCUUACAGCAGGAUAUAUCCUUUGCUAUCUUCCUGUAGCGCGGUCUAACCCAACCUGAGAGUACCUACACAACUGGAUGAGCAUCACUGUCGUAUACGUUUUAUUUUGAUCGCAUCAAAUAUUGGUUGAAUCCUGUAGAGUAGGGAGAAACCCACAAGCCAGCUGAGUUGCAACCUAUACAAUUCUCAGCUGACAGGGAAAGUGCGUCGUAGUUUAUAAGUGCUUUCUUUGCGAAUUUUUAUUUAAAAGACAUUUAACGAUAAUGAGCUUGACACCGAAAUCAUUCAAGGAAAAGAGAUCAUUUGCGCAAAGAGUUGCAGACGUUGAAUUAAUACGGGAACGGCAUCCAAAUAAAAUUCCAAUUAUUGUUGAGAGAUAUUAUGGUGAACGACAAUUACCAUUGUUGGAUAAAUCUAAGUUUUUAGUACCUGAUCACCUGACCGUUGCUGAAUUGAUAAAAAUUAUAAGACGGAGACUGCAACUUCACCCAACGCAAGCGUUCUUCGUGCUCGUUAACCAGAGAAGUAUGGCUAGUGGUAGUAUGACAAUGGCGCAGUUGUAUCAGCGUGAGAAGGAUGAGGAUGGUUUUUUGUACAUGGUCUUUGCCAGUCAAGAAGUAUUUGGGUGUUAGCCUCUCAGUGAUUUUCAAUACUGAUUCUUAUUAGAUAAUCAUGACAACAUUAUACUACGUGAUACUAUGGUUAAAUGAAAUAACAAUAGAAGUUAAGCAGUAAAAUCGACGUGGAAUCUGAAUAAAGCAAGCAACUUGACCACUUCUGAAUAGAAUUUUUGAAAAAUUGAAAAAUUUGAGAGCUUUCUUAUUUGAAGAAAAUACCGGUGUUAGUGAGGUUUAAUAAUGCAAGAUACGUGUAAUACCGCAGGAGCGUCAUGACUGGGUAUCGCUAUGAGGAAGAUAUCGAAAAUAAAUAAUUAGAAAUUUUCCUUGCUCAUUUUCAGAACCUAUUCAUUGGAGAAGCAAAAACACCUUGAUGUAAUUUGAAAACAGUUAUUAUUUCAUCAUUUGACAAAACAAGGUGAGGUUUAAUGUUUUGUCUGCUUCUCGAUUAAUUAAAAAUUAGUGCAAUGAACGGAGGAAAAUACACCAAUUACCUGAUGGCAAAUGAAUCACACAGAUUCCGAAAUUUGUAUAUGUUUCAAACGAAAUGUUCAAUUACUGAAACAGUUAUUCAUACAAUUGUUCAAUUUCUGAGUGAACGGCAGAAACUAAAUAAAAUAGAAGAGGUAUUUUACAAUUCUCAUGAAGAAAUAAUCAAUCAAUUGUCCGAUUAAUUUCUAAGAAAAACAAAUCUAUUAAUUAUAGAUUGAAGAGAAAAUUCUUUCGUGAAUAAUAUUGAAUGAAAUGUUUAUUCCCAUAAAUGUUGUGAAUGUUAGUUUUUUUCUUACGUAGACAGUCGACAGUUUAGAAUGAUAACUUAGAAUUAAGUAUGUACGUGUAAUUAGCACAUUGGAAAAGCUCUUGGGUGAUUAUUGAGCAUUUGUAUGAGCUCGAAUGAUGAUAUAAAAUCACAUUAAAAAAUCUUUCAUGAUUAUGCGAUAAGUUCGAAUAAACGUGUUUUUCAUAAUAAA